AUGUUGCAUGAUGGGGCUUCUUUUCCUGAAGAGUUUGUAAUACUAUCUUUUCCAGAGCCGAGAAGUAAGUUCGCAAGUUACCGCUCAUGGAACUCAAAAAUGUAUCCGGUGUGGAGAGAUGGAGACCGGAGAUUCAGGAACUCUUGGCUUGGUGGUGAAGUAACUUUCGAUCUCAAAAAUGAUGCACCCACUCUGGCUGGAGCAAGAGUGACCUUCUCUAUUAAUCUUAAUUUCCCACCAAGCCAGAGAGUGCUCUCUGACGGGCAGGUGGUCUGGGCGGAAAACACCACAAUCAACGGACAGCAGUAUCAGGAGGGUCAGGCUGUGUAUCCUGACCAGGACACCGAGCAGACCGGAGUUUUCCCUGACGGCACACCGUUCCCCAUCAGUCAGAACAGGAGACCCCACUACGUGUUUGUGUGGAAGACAUGGGGGCGUUACUGGCAGGUGGCAGAUGGACCAUCCUCCUCCCUCUCUAUCGGUACAGACAACAUCCCCCUGGGCUCCUACAACAUGGAGGUUGUCAUCUAUCACUACCGUGGAAAAGACAAGUUCAUCCCUCUCGGCUAUGCCUCCACAGUCUUCAGCAUCACAGACCAGAUUCCAUUCACCAUAUCACUCGCUCAAGUAACUGAUGUCAACCAGGACGACCAGAACUUCAUCCAGAACCAAGCUAUUACUUUCAGCAUCAAUCUCCAUGAUCCCAGCCAGUAUCUCAACAGCGCCAACAUCAGCGUCAGCUGGGACUUUGGUGACAGCACUGAUAUUCUGAUAUCCAAAGACCUCACUGUCACACACACAUACCUCGCAGUCGGGAACUUCACACCUCAGGUGGUUCUCAUGGCAAGCAUUCCCAACAGCUGUGGAAACCCCACUGCUGUAGCUGCGCCAGCAGUUGAUGUGAUGGCCUCCACCCCUGCAACUGUCCCAGCAGCACCAGACGAGGGAGGAGAUGCAAUUGCUCUGGAUGUUGCUGAUGCCACUCCACUUGCUGCUUCUGUGCAGCCAGCUGAAGCAGCCACAGAAGAUGGAGAAGCGGUUGUUGAUGCAGACACAGAGGUAGUAGAGGUUGCCUCAGUAGCACCCGCAGGAAUUGAUGCAGCUGUUGUUCCAGAGGAACAAGAUCCCGCCAACGCUGUUGCCUCUGUUGCAGAGGGAGAAGAAGCAGUAGUUGGGGUCGCUGAUGCUGUCACUGCUGCUCCUGUAGCAGAAGUAGCUGUAGAGCAACAAGCUGAUGUUGUGGCUCCUGAUACUGUUGAUGCUGCUGCGGCCAUAGAGGUUAUUGAAGCUGUAACAGAAGCCCCUGUUGAUAAUGUCGUAGCCCCUGCUGCCACUGAAACCACAUCAAUAGAAGAUGCAGCACCAGCUGAUGCCGCAGUACAGGCAAUUGAAAAUGAGGUUGCAGCUCCUGCAAUGCAACCAGCGGGUGAUGAAGUAGCUGUUCAAGCAGAGGUGGAAGCAGAUCCAGCACAGGUUGCCCUUGUUCUGGUUAAAAGACAAGCUCCAGAGCUGAUGGCUGACUGCAUGAUCUUCCGCAAUGGCUCCCUCACCACCACUGUAGAUGUUGUCCAGGGUAUUGAAAGUGUAGAGAUUGUUGAGGUGUCCAACGUUGUAUCAGUGGCGACUGAGUUGGAUCAAAAUGUUGUGGACAUCACCAUUGACUGUCAGGGAAGGAUUGCUCUCCUUGUAACUAUGUCUCUGUACCUUCACUAUCCUUCCUUCAGUCUGCCAAGUGUGGUCUGCACAACCAUUUCUGAUGCUGACUGUAUCACACCGGUGGAGACCAUCUGUAAUGCAGCCACACCCUCUCCAGACUGUCAGAUGAUCGUUCGUCAGGUCUUCAAUGACACCGGAGUAUUUUGCAUCAAUGUCUCGUUGACCAAUGAUGUCAGUCUAGCUGUGGCAAGUGCCAGAGUCAGUGUAGCAGCAGCCUCUGGUGGUUCCUCAGCUGGAACUGCAGCCACAGUCGUGGGCGUUAUGGUUCUCGCCUGUGUUGUCUGUUGCAUUGGUUUGAUGCACAGACGGUCCAAGCAGUACCAGCCACUAAGAGAAGACAACUUUGGAGGCAGCUCGGCGGUAACAUCAAUGCCUUUGUUGUUGUGGAACUUGUUGAGCCGAGAGUCACCAGGAGAGAGUCGUCCACUGCUUCAGGGGAGGACUGUGUGAAUAUCAUCAUAUUUUGCCAGUAUUUCUUUUUAAUUGGCACCAAUAGUUUAUAGACGCCAUACCUUACUAUGUUAUUGUGGCCUACUUAUACUUACCCAUUGCAAAAUCAAUGUUAACACAUUUCAGUUAAAUUUCUUAAUAAUGUAUUUUACAUCACUUGCAUCAUAAAACGUUAUUCUGUUUGCUACCCUGAAAUAAAUAAAAUGAAACUUUAUCUCCA